AUCUGGUUCCACCUGACUGAAGUCAUGAAUAAUUAAAGCAGGCAUUAUUAUUUCGAGCUAGCGCAACUGGCUUGGCAAUAACAAGCAGUUUAGCUACAGCAUCGCCUGCUAAGUGGUCCAACAUGGAGAGAGGAUGUUAUUUUACCACGUUGGCAACUUAUACUUGUGUGGGUUUCUCAGAAAUGAAGUUGUGCCCCUCCACUUCCCAGAUGUACCGCCCCAGUGUCAGUGUGUGGACAGACUACAUCUUCUAGAGGACAACAACCGAGCCCUGAAACUCAAGCCUGGGACCUUCAGCCAACACAGGCUACAGCACAAACUCCUGGAGAAUGAGCUUCAAGAUGUUCUCAAGGAGAAAAAGCACUUGAGUCACCACUUGUUCAACAAUAGCAAAAAGCCAGUCCAAAAUGAGCAGGUGAAGUCAGAGUAUGAGCAGCUCAAAGAGACCCUCGGUGCUGUGACUCAGGAGAGAGAUUCAGCCCUGCGGGAGAAGACCCAGCUCCAAGGCAAACUGGAGAACCUAGAGCAGGUGCUAAAGCAUAUGCGUGAGGCUGCAGAGCGGAGGCAGCAGCUAGAGUUGGAGCAUGAACAAGCCUUGGCUGUACUCAAUGCAAAGCAGCAGGAGAUUGACCUUCUGCAGCAGGCUCAGGUUGAGGCUAAGAAGGAGCAUGAGGGAGCCGUCCAUCUGUUAGAGAACCACUUGGACAGCAUGCAGUUGAGGAGCAUUCCCCGCGCUUUGAACACAGUGCAGUUUUUGGCCAAAGUCCGAGAGCUGGAGGAGAAAUGUCGGACACAAAGUGAGCAGUUCAACCUCCUGUCCAAAGAGCUGGAGAAGUUCCGGCUACAGACUGGAAAGUUUGAUACCCUUGGCAGUGGCACCGAUCCCUUAACUGUGUGUGAAUCCCCUGGAUCGCCAAACAAAUCCCUCUCCCAGCUCUUCAACGGGCUGGCCGCCCCCACAGGGAAAGGCAAUGAGAGUCCGCUGAGCAGAUCUGUGAUCUCUGAGUUCAUCCGACCGCUCCAGAUCUGUGGGGACAAGCCGGAGCUCGUGUCUGUAAAGCCAACAUUCCUCACCCGCAGCAGCAGCCGGGCCGACAGCUCUCAACGGGCCCUCCUCACUGAGAUGGACAAAGAACUAACCUCAACAACUAGGACCAAGAAGAGGUUCACAGGCAAGGUCCGUCUGUGCAUCGCCCGGUACAGUUAUAACCCCUGUAAUGGGCCCAAUGAGCAUCCUGAGGCAGAGCUCCCCCUGGUGGCAGGGAAGUACCUCUACGUGUAUGGGACCAUGGAUGAUGACGGCUUCUAUGAAGGAGAGCUGCUGGAUGGACAGCAGGGACUUGUCCCUUCCAACUUUGUGGACUUUGUUAAGGAUGAGAAGAUGCCCUCUGCUCAGCACAGGGACGGGGCCAAAGAGCCAGGCUACCUCAGUAGUAACCACAGCAGCCUGGGCUCCACAGGGCUGGGCAGCAUGGGCCUGAGCAGCAUCAGCAGCCUGCUGUCUGACAGUAAACUGGACCUGGGCCCUAGCCUAGAUAGAAACCUGGAGAGAAACCUUGAGAGAAACCUGGGGAGCAACCUCAGUUCCACUCUGGGUUCCACUCACGGUUCCACUCUGGGCAGCCACAUGGGUUCCACUCUGGGUUCCACUCACGGUUCCACUCUGGGCAGCCACAUGGGUUCCACUCUGGGUUCCACUCACGGUUCCACUCUGGGCAGCCACAUGGGUUCCACUCUGGGUUCCACUCACGGUUCCACUCUGGGCAGCCACAUGGGUUCCACUCUGGGUUCCACUCACGGUUCCAGUCACGGUUCCACUGGACUGGGUUCCAGUCUGAGCAGCACUCUGACCAGCCUGGGCAGCAGUAGUCUGGGCAUGGACUUCCUGGGCUCCAUGGGUUCCUGCAGCAACGGGACAGGGACCCUGGAUGUCAGCAUUGACGAGAUUGGUGAAAAUAUUGUGCCUUACCCUCGCCGUAUCAAUCUGAUCAAACAGCUGGCCAAGAGUGUGAUCGUGUGCUGGGACCCUCCGGUGGUGCCGCCCGGCUGGGGCUCCAUCAGUGGCUACAACGUCCUGGUGGACAAGGAGGUGAGGAUGAGCGUGCCCUUUGGGGGCAAGACAAAGUCGCUUAUCGAGAAACUUAACCUGGCCACCAAUACCUACCGCAUCUCGGUGCAGAGCAUCACAGAGCGGGGCCCGUCUGACGAGCUGCGCUGCACUCUACUGGUGGGGAAGGAUGUGGUGGUGGCUCCUUACUAUCUGAGGGUAGACAACAUCACACAGGUCUCUGCUGAGCUCUCCUGGCAGCCUAGCAACAGCAACUACAGCCACACCAUCUUCCUGAACGAUGUUGAGUAUGACAUGGUGAAGGCAGGGGCCUACAAGUACCAAUUCUUCCAACUGAAGCCCAUGACCGUUUACAAGGUGAAGGCCGUGGCGCGGACACACCAGAUACCUUGGCAGAUGCCCAUGGAGCACAGGGACAAGAGGGAGAUCUCUGUGGAGUUCUGCACCCAGCCUGCAGGUCCUCCCUUUCCUCCCCAGGAGGUGCAGGUCCAGUUGGGCCAGAACCCCGGGGUUCUGCAGGUGCGAUGGAAACCCCCCAUCCUCACCCCCACUGGAACCUCCAACGGAGCCAACGUGAUUGGCUAUGCCGUGUGCACAAAGGGACAAAAGAUAGCGGAGGUGAUGUACCCAACAGCUGACUAUGUGACAGUGGAGCUGAAUAGGAUCCAGUGUCUGGAGGCCAGGGAGAUCAUUGUCAGGACGUUAUCAGCACAAGGAGAGUCUCAGGAUUCCACCGUGGCCACCAUACCGCACAAUAUCCUGAGGCCUCCCCAUCACUCACCCCACCACCGCUCCCCUCCACACCCCCAUCCUAUGCCUCAACCCCAGCACCAUCAGCCACACACACAAACACACCCGCCAUACCCCCAGACCUACCCCCCAUCUCACCCCCAACCUCAGGUCCACCCUCUGCCUCGAUCCCAGCCCCACACCCUGCCUCAUGGUCAGCCUCUGCGCCACCCACUCCCUCACCCCCAGCCCCAACACCAGCCCUACCACGUGUCUAAGCCCAAUUUAGUAAGUGCCAGAGAGUCAGAAACCAAAGAGUAUGAGGCAGGCCUGCGGCCUGGCCCGCCCUGGGAACGCUCCCCUUCGCCCCUCCCUCCUACCAUGCGUGGACACACUUUGGAGCCGCCCCACUUCCAGGGGCGUCGUUCACCCUCUCCUCAGAGGAUCCUGCCCCAGCCUCAGGGAGCCCCCAUCCCCAACACCAUCGCCAAGGCCAUGGCCAGGGAAGCUGCACAGAGAGUGUUCGCUGAGAACAACCGGAUGGAGAAGAGGAACAUCUUCAGUGAGCGGAACGUGAACUCUGAUGAGGAGGAGGAUGGUUAUGUCUCUCCUCACACCAGGAGGAGAGGGGCCUCUGUGGACGAAUUCCUCAGAGGCUCUGAACUGGGAAGACAUGUACGGCACCACUACAGCCACAGUGAGGAGUACCAGACAGAGAGCAGCCGCGGCUCAGACCUGUCUGACAUCAUGGAGGAGGACGAGGAGGACCUGUACUCUGAGAUGCAGCUGGAGGAGGGCCGUCGGCGCAGCAUCAACUCUCACAACACUCUCAAGGCGUAUUACAGGCGUCAGGACCUAGGGGAGGAGAGGGACUGCUGGGACCUACAGAGGGAGGUGGUGAGACAGAAGUCCCUGCGUAGUAAACGCCUCCACAGCAUCCCUGAGGUUGCCGAGGACGAGCCCGACGGAGUGGAUGGGAUGGGUCAUCAUCAUCAGCGCCUGCGCUUUGACGACGAAGGCAGGCCUGGUACACCCUGCAUGCACCGCAGGAGCCCCCGUAUCUACCAGCAGAACCCCCACCAGCACAACCACCUCUCCCCCAGCAAGAACCACCGUCGCCUGCUGCAGCGCCAGCAUUCCUCUCCCCGCUAUGGCUGUAAUUUCGAGGAGCGCAGCCUGAACCGGCCCAGCCGGCAGACCACCAAGAGCCCUGACAGCGGCCUGGACUGUGGCAGUGAGGAGGAGGGCUCUUUGGGGUACCGGGGUUACCCCCACGGCAGCCCCAUGCGGGGUCCUGUCCACUACAUCCACUGUGAGGGGCCGGUAGAGCGACGGGCCCUGGCUGCAGGCAGGAAGAGGCAGCUGACACGGCAGUGCAGCAUGGAUGAGGACCACUGUGACAGCCCUAAGACAGGCCACCUGUCUGACCUGAGGAACAGGGAGGUGCACUACGGGCCAGGCCGGGAGUGGGAGAGGGAACCAGGGCACAGCCCCAGACGCUACCCCAGGGACGGAGCCCUGAGCGAGGGCAGGCUCCACCAGCUGGACAGGCCUUAUCAAAGGGACCUUAGGGCCAGCUAUGUGAACAGGCUCAACAGGGUCUCGGACCAGCCGCCGAUUAUAGGGAACUCCCCUUCCCAUGGAUGCUCCCAUGGCGACCGGCUGGACCAUUCAGGGAGGAGGCCUGUUCAUAGCGGCAACCCCCCACAGCGACGACCCAUGAUGGUUCCUUCCAUUGAGAUCACCAUGAUGGAGAGUAACAGUGAGGGGAGUGAGGGAAACCUCUCACCUGGCAAGGAGGAUGUUUACUAUCAUGGCAGUGUAGCUCGGCGGAGGAUAUGGCAUGACGAUGAUGAGUACGGUGGGCAAGACCGCGGGCAUGGCCGAGGGCGACGGUCGCCAGUGUACUAUGAGGAGUCGGGGCCAGAGGACCUGGCGCGUAUAUUUGUGGCCCUGUUUGACUACGACCCCCUGUCCAUGUCCCCCAACCCUGAUGCUGCUGACGAGGAGCUGCCCUUCAAAGAGGGCCAGAUCAUCAAGGUGUUUGGGGAUAAGGACACGGAUGGGUUCUACAGGGCAGAGAUCCGUGACCGCCCGGGUCUGAUCCCCUGUAACAUGGUGUCAGAGAUCCAGACUGAGGAUGAUGGGAUGAUGGACCAGCUACUCAAACAGGGCUUCCUCCCACUCAACACUCCUGUAGAGAAAUUAGUGAACUGCAACCGCUUCAAAGAUGGUCGCUCAAUAAACCGCAGGUCCCGAAAAUCCAAGCGAGAGAGGAACAGGCGGAGUGGGCGUCAGCACCCCUCGUCCACACGUAGAAUGGUGGCCCUGUAUGACUACGACCCCAGGGAGAGCUCCCCCAACGUGGAUGUGGAGACACAGUAUGGGAGAGACAGGCUGAAUGAGGCUGAACUGACAUUCUGUGCUGGUGACGUCAUAACAGUAUUUGGUGAAAUUGAUGAAGAUGGGUUUCAUUAUGGCGAGCUCAAUGGACACAAAGGUCUUGUUCCCUCCAACUUUCUAGAAGAAGUGCCUGAUGAUGUUGAGGUUUUUCUCACUGACACUCAGUCUCGAGAUUCUCGAUACCCGCAGGAUGCUGCAGCACGGAUAAAGACCAAAAGGGUUCCAUUGGAAAAAUCGGGUCUGCCCAGAAGAGCCGCCUCCCCCACAGUGCGCCAACACAUCCCUGGCUCUGGCCCUGCUACAGUGGGGCCUGGCAGUCCCAUCAGGAGCCCCUGCGACUUGUCCUCCAAAAAGAAAAAGGGACUGCUCUCCAAAGGGAAGAAACUAUUGAAAAGACUUGGCGCUGUAAAAUAACCCCUUCAAAUACUUGAAGUAUAUUACCAACCACAUAAUUCAUCUCCAACACUUCCAUUACUGUAAAUUCAGUCCUGUGAGAAGAAAAAGUGGUCAAAAUGUACAAAUCUGUUGUAUUCUAGAAACCUUAUUUAAAUUGCAGUAUGUAUUUUGAAUAUGGUUCAGGGACCUCAUAGUUUGAAAUUUAGUGUCAUAAGCCAACCUCUGGUCGUUUAUGUUUUGCUAUCUGAAGCAGAAGACUGCAACACGAUGGAUGAUUUGAAAUAGGUAUGUAGGUCUGUUUGAUGACGCUGUAGACCACAAUGUUCCUCAGAGUAAGAGGGGUUUAUACCAUUCUCUCUUUAGGGCUGAGAUCAAAGGAUAGGGCUCCGAAUGGCCAGUCAACAUCAUACUUGAUAAUACUGCUGGUGGCUCACCUUAACCAAACCUUCACAUUGUAGUACCCAUAUUGAUGCAAGGAAAAUAGCCGUUUUAGGGUCAGGCAGCUGAGGUCAUUUUAACUGUAUAGGAGGUUUGCAUGUUUUACCUAAACCAUAUCCAGAAUAAUAAUUCCCACCCAACCUUUGAAAGCACAUGCUAACUGAUGGCCUUUUCUAUCAGAACUCAAGGCUCAAUUUGCAUGCUUUGUCAGUGCAUUUUUAUGAUACCGUGUAUGAGCAAUAUUUGCUAAAUGAAUAGUAAAAAAAAAGAUUAACUUAAAACAAUAUUCAAUACAAACCUAAUUGUCACAUUCAUACUCAGUUCAAUUUGAGCCCAGGUACACAUUUGACUAGUCACCAACUUAGCACCUGAAGUCACGAUAUGUGCAGUGGUAAAAUAUGCAAAAUCUCCAGAAAGACUCGAGUCAGAUUGGUCUGGAGAGAAUUUGAUAAGCAAGUAUCAAUUCUUAACAGCAAGUGUCAGUUCUUCAGGCACACUGAAAUAACUCUGGACAAGGACAUUAGAUAGGGCAGGGUUUCAAGAUUCAGUAUAUUUUUGUUGUUGAAUUGUCAUGAAAUGCCUAGUUGAAACCAACCUCCAUGUAUUUGCCUUAUAAAUGCACAAUGGUUUGUAUUUUGUCCAGUGAGUGGAGCGUUAUGUCCUGUAUGCAUUCAAGUCAUUGCAUUACUUCUGAAAAUAUAUUUGUAAAUUAUGUUGAUCAAGACUAGUGAUGUGCAGUUUAUUACUUGUAAGAAUGUUUUUUGGAAGACCUACGCAUUAAAAUGACAUUCAAACGAAAUUCAAUACAAAAAAGUAAGGGGGGAAUGUAAAUGUGUAUUUACGUUUUAAUGUUUCACACUAUUUUGGCACAAAAAGACUAAUGAAAAAAAUAAGGCACUUUAUUUUGUUCUUCAUGUUAUACAUGCAAUGUAUUUACUGCAUUCACAAUCCCAUUUUGACACGUUUGUGUAUAAGACAAUGGAUGUGAAAGAAAUACAAUUGAAGGCCAGUUUAAUUAAUUGUUUCCAGGAUAAGUUGCAAUCAGCAGUUGGUAUUAUUUUUUGUUUCAAACUAAGUUUUGUAGAGUACACUACAAACUUGCAAUUCUUGGAAGCAGGAAAAUGUUUGACUUAUGACGGAGACUAGGUUUGAUUGAAUAACCAUCAGAUAAAAGCCCUAACAUAGAAAUUGUGAUUUCAACAAGACAAGUCUACCUCCAUAAUGACCCCUAUAAAUUCAACUACCGGUAAUUUGACUACAGGUUCACAGAAGUCAACUCUCCAUUUCAUAUAUUUGCAAAGGGUAGAAGUACUGUAUUUGUGUCAGCACCCAACUAGCACAGAGUAGUGAAUGUAUGAUUAAUUGAAAGCCAAUAUUUUAUUUAUCAAAACUAUCCGUAUGCAGAUGUCCAGCGUUCUAGUUUGUAUGUGAAAUGAAACCUUCCAUCUGUUAACUCCUUACAAUAUUUUGUUAAUCAUUUCAUCCUUCCAUUCACUUUAUCACAGCUUUUUCUGGACUACACUACUUUCAUGAGAUUUGAACUGAGACUGCCAAAAAAGAAUGUACAAAAAGCAUUCUGUACAACUUUCUGUACAAUUGUCGGUCAUUGCUUCUAUAUAUAUUGUUUUGACUGUUGCUCUUUUUGUACUUUGUCCAUUUGUAAAUUGUUUUUAAAUGUUUAUACUUGAUUUUCAGACUGCCUUUUUUGUACAUUAAAAUUUAUAAUCAAACAGUGGAAAGCUUUCCCCAUGGUGUCUUCAAAACCAUAAUGUUAAAAGUCUGCAAUUGUGUGCUAGCUUUAUGACAAAAAAUAUCAGCCUAUAUUGGUGGUUACAAAAUAUUGUGUGGGUGUGCAUGUGCAAAAAAACAAAACAAAUAAAUUUCAUAUUUUGUAA